AUGUCGCAUCAGCCAGCCUGCUGGGAUGAGAUCAGGCCAGUCAUAAAUUAUCGGCCUGCCCGCACUGCCCCAUACAUAGCAGGCUUUGCUGCGGCUCUGGCAGUGAUGGCUGCUGGCCGUGCUGUGUUGCUGGAAGCAACGCCUGGCAUAGCUGCAAAGAAGCGCUACCCUCCAGUCGUUCGUCCUCUGUCCACUCCCCUCCCGUUAUCUUCGCGCCUCUCUCUCCUUUUCCCCCGUCGACCUCUCUUUCUCCCCUCCCUCCCGUCGCCCUUGCUCUCCCCUCCCCUCCCGCCGCCCUCUCUUCCUCUCGCCUUCGCGCUCUCCCUCCUGUCGCCUUCGCGCUCACUGUCCCGUCGCAUGUCUGCUCUCCCUCCCGUCACCUGUCCGCUCACGGUCCCGUCGCCUGUCCGCUCCCCUCCCGUCGCCUUCGCGCUCUCCCUCCCGUCGCCUUCGCACUCUCCCUCCCGUCGCCUGCCCGCUCUCCCUCCCGUCGCCUGUCCGCUCUCCCUCCCGUCGCCUGUACGCUCUCCCUCCCGUCGCCUGUCCGCUCUCCCUCCCGUCGCCUUCGCGCUCUCCCUCCCGUCGCCUGUCCGCCCUUCCCUCCCGUCGCCUUCGCGCUCUCCCUCCCGUCGCCUGUCCGCCCUUCCCUCCCGUCGCCUUCGCGCUCUCCCUCCCAUAGCCUUCGCGCUCUCCCUCCGUCGCCUGUUCGCCCUCAUAUUGAAUCGCCCUUCCUCCCCCUCUUAUCACCCACUUCGUCGCCGUCAUGCGCACCUCAAAUCGCCCACCCGUCGCCCCUAUCGUCGCAAUCGCCCUCGCGAUCUCCUCACACAUCCCGUCGCCAUUCCUCUCCCACAACCCUUCCUCUCUCGUUGCCCUUCCUCACUCCCGUCGCCAGUUCGCUAUCCCGUCGCCAGUUCGCUAUCCCGUCGCCCUUCCUCUCUCUCGCUGCCCUUCCUGUCUCCCGUCGCCCUUCCUCUCCCGUCGCCCUUCUUCUCUCUCCUCCCGCUGCCCUCGCGUCUCAUCGCGAUCGCGUCCUUGAUUCCGUGCCCUCGCUCUCCCCCCUCUCUUUCCGUCGCCCUCGCUCUCCCCCCUCUCUUUCCGUCGCCCUCGCUCUCCCCCCUCUCUUUCCGUCGCCCUCGCUCUCUUCCCUCCCUUUCCGUCGCCCUCGCUCUCUCCCAUCCCUUUCCGUCGCCCUCAUUCUCUCCCCUCCCUUUCCGUUGCCCUUGCUCUCUCUCAUCCCUUUCCGUCGCCCUCGUUCUCUCCCCUCCCUUUCCGCCGCCCUCGCUCUCCCCCCUCCCUUUCCGUCGCCCUCGUUCUCUUCCCUCCUUUUCCGUCGCCCUCGCUCUCUCCCCUCCCUUUCCGCCGCCCUCGCUCUCUCCCAUCCCUUUCCGUCACCCUCGUUCUCUCCCCUCCCUUUCCGUUGCCCUUGCUCUCCCCCCUCCCUUUCCGCCGCCCUCGUUCUCUCCCCUCCUUUUCCGUCGCCCUCGCUCUCUCCCCUCCCUUUCCGUCGCCCUCGUUCUCUCCUCUCCCUUUCCGUCGCCCUCGUUCUCUCCCCUCCCUUUCCGUUGUCCUUGCUAUCUCCCCUAG